GGGACAGAUGGGGAGCGUUGUUCUAAUCGGCUUUGCCGGGCGCUGAAAGGAGCGGCGUGAGAUACCGGCUGCCACCCAUGUGUGUUUCGCUGGCCAGAAGACAUAGAUGUCCCCUGCGACUGAGUUCUUGUAUGAGUGUGUUGAAGAUGAAAUGCUACAUAAACUCUUAAAGUGUACCACCUGAGGACAUUGCUACCGACAUGGACAUCAUUAUUUAUUUACAGAUGCUUUAAUCAGGAGGAGCUUUUUUGUAAACAUGAAUUGCUGGGCUCUUUCCUUGAGGUGUCGUUUCUUGUUUCAUGCUAUUGAAACAUUAAUCUUAACUUAUUAUGACUGCUUUGUGUUGGUCAGCUCUCAGGGACAUUUCCCUAGGCUUGAAAAUGUGGGAGCUUUCAAGAAUGUGUCAGUCGUGCCAACUGAAGCUACUUGUGGGCUGCCAGACCGAAGUACUUUUUGUCAUAGCUCAGUAGCUGUUGAAAGUAUUAUGUCCUGCACCCAGAGGUUUUGUGUUCAGGAAUGUCCAUACAGGUCAUCGCCUUCUUCCUACAAACUGCUUCUUUCAGAAGGCCUCGGUACCUGUAUCACAGAGGACAAAAGGGACUUGCAUCCAGGGUCCUUCAGCAACGCUUCCAGUUUUAUUUUUCAUAAUCACAGGGAUUGCUUUUCUACUCCCCGCUCCCUGAGGCUUGCAGCUUCAUUUACGUUAACUGUAUGGUUGAAACCUGAGCAAGAAGGUGUAAUGUGUGUGAUAGAAAAGGCUAUUGAUGGGCAGACUGUGUUCAAACUCACAAUCUCUGAGAAAGAGACCAUGUUUUAUUAUCGCACAGUAAAUGGUUUGCAGCCGCCAAUAAAAGUAAUGACACUGGGGAGAAUUCUUGUGAAGAAAUGGAUUCAUCUUAGCGUGCAGGUGCAUCACAGCAGAAUUAGUUUCUUCUUGAAUGGCUGGGAAGAUGAUAACACACCUUUUGAUUCAAGGAUUCUUGUGGGAACACUUGCAGAUACUGAUGGUGAUGGUACAUUGCAAAUUGGACAAAGCUUCACAGGUUUAGAGCAAUUUGUUGGAAGAAUGCAAGAUUUUCGAUUUUAUCCAGUGGCACUUACAAACAGAGACAUUUUGGAAGUAUUCUCUGGAAAAUUUCCUCAUCUGCAUACCCAAUCUGAGUGCCGCUGUCCUGGAAGUCAUCCUCGGGUACAUCCAUUGAUACAGAGGUACUGCAUCCCUAAUGGCGCAGAUGACACCACUAAUGACAGAGUGCUGAGGUUGGAUGCAGAAGCCCAUCCUUUGUAUUACAUCAAUGAUGAUGACAUUGGGACCACCUGGAUUUCAUCUGUGUUUGCUAAUACUGUGGGUCUGGAUCGUGGUGUUUCAAUCACAAUAGAUUUACAAAAUGGACAGUAUCAGGUAUUCUAUAUUAUACUGCAGUUCUUUAGCCCACACCCUGAAGCAAUAAGAAUUGAAAGGAAAAAAAGAGAUGAUCUGAACUGGGAAGACUGGCAGUAUUUUGCUAAAAACUGCAGUAUUUUUGGAAUGGAUAACAAUGGAUCUCUGGAAAAACCAGACUCUGUCAACUGUCUCCAGCUUCCUAGCUUUACACCAUAUUCCCGUGGUAAUCUAACUUUUAGUGUUCUUACCCCGGAACCAAAUCACCGGCCUGGUUACAAUGAUUUUUACAAUAGUCCAUCUCUCCAAGAAUUUGUAAAAGCUACACAAGUGAGGAUUCAUCUCCACGGCCAAUAUCAUACUAAUGAGUCUUGGGUAAAUUUUAGGCAUAGAUACUAUGGAAUUAAUGAAGUUACAGUCAGCGGAAGGUGUAAUUGCCAUGGCCAUGCUGAUAAUUGCGACGCAGCUAUGGAACCAUAUAAGUGCCUGUGCGUCAAGGAAAGCUACACAGAAGGAAAUAAUUGUGAUCGCUGUUUGCCAUUGUACAAUGACAAGCCUUUUCGUCCAGGUGACCAAGUUCAUGCCUAUAAUUGCAAACCUUGUCAAUGUUACAGCCAUGCAGUAAGCUGCCACUAUGACUUAGCAACGGACCCUUUUCCUCAGGAAUACUACAGAGGAGGCGGUGGAGUGUGUGAUAACUGUCAACACAACACCGCCGGAAAGAACUGUGAGCUGUGCAAGGAUUUUCAUUACAGACAAGCAGGUGCAGAUCUUUCAGCCAUCGAUGUUUGCAAACCCUGUGAAUGCUAUGCAACAGGCACUGAAAAUAAGAGCCUCCUGUGUGACAAUAUUGGAGGCCAGUGUAAUUGUAAGAGACAUGUGUCUGGCAGACAAUGCAAUCAGUGCCAAGAAGGAUUCUACAAUCUACAACAGUCAAACCCUGAUGGCUGCAGUCCCUGUAACUGUAAUACCUCUGGGACAGUCAAUGGAGAUAUUACCUGUCACCAAAAUUCAGGCCAGUGCAAGUGCAAAGCAAAUGUUAUUGGUCUUAGGUGUGAUAGUUGCAAUUUUGGAUUUAAAGCUCUCAGAUAUUCUAAUGAAGAUGGAUGUGAGCCUUGUUGGUGCCACAGCCACGGCUCAGUGAACCAAUUCUGCAACCCUCUCUCCGGGCAGUGCAAUUGUAAAGAACGAGUGAAGGGGCUUCACUGCGACACCUGCAUGGACAACUUUUACGGGCUGGAUGUAACUGGUUGUAAGGCUUGUGAAUGUAACGUUGCAGGGUCGUUUUCUGGAACUGUGUGCGAUGCGAAGACGGGGCAAUGUCCAUGUAAACCAAAUAUUGGAGGAAGACAAUGCGAUGAAUGCCUAGAUGGCUACCACAAAGUACAGGAAAAUCAUUCCUUUGUUUGUCUGCCGUGUAACUGUGAUAAGGCAGGUACAGUAAACGGCUCUCUGCUUUGUGACAAAUCAACAGGACAGUGUCCUUGCAAAGCUGGUGUCACUGGCCUUCAGUGCAGUCAGUGCAUGCUUCACACGUACAACCUCAGCAUGAACAACCUCCUCGGCUGCCAGCGUUGCGACUGUGACGCUCUGGGCACAUUGGCAGGAACAGUUUGUGACCAAGUUUCUGGACAGUGUGUCUGUCUGCCUCAGCGUCAGGGGAGAAGGUGUAAUGAGUGCAAACCAGGUUUUUAUUUUUCUCCAUCCAGCGCCACUGGCUGUUUGCCCUGCCUGUGCCACAAAGCUGGUUCAGCGAAUCAGAUCUGUGAUAAACUAACUGGCCAAUGUAUUUGCCAAGAUGCCUCUGUAACAGGACAGACAUGUGAACGUUGCAAAGAACUUUAUUUUGGAUUUAACUCUGUCACAGGGAGAUGUCAGCACUGUAAUUGUCAUCCUGCAGGAGCCAUUAGUGGGACUUGUCAUCUUGUUACUGGACAGUGUGUUUGUAAACAGUUUGUAACUGGCUUGAAAUGUGACAACUGUGUUCCCGAUGCUAGUAAUUUGGAUGUCCACAACCUAUUUGGCUGCAGUAAAACUCCACUGCAGCAACCUCCUCCUACAGGAGAAGUUCUCAAUUCCUCUGUUAUCAGUCUUCUGUGGAGUCCCCCUGACUCUCCGAAUUCUAACAGGCUUACUUACCAGCUCUAUAGGGAUGAAGCUGAAAUUUAUACAACUGAAGAUUACUACCCUUAUAGUGUUCAGACCUUCACUGAUACCAUGUUAUCUUCAUAUACCUUCUAUUCCUAUUACGUCCAAGCCAGCAACGUUCAUGGUUUUACAAGAAGUGCAUCAGUGACAUACAGAACAAAAUCUGGGACACCUACAGGAAGCUUGCUUUUAAAUCCCAUCUUUCCUGUUAGUCACCACUCUGUUUUACUUUACUGGACAAGCCUCUCCAAUGACUCUGGGCCCAUAGAGAAAUACAUUUUGACAUGUACUAGCUUGGUUGAUCUUCAGCCUUGUGGUCAGUAUGAAGGCUUAAAAACUUCGGCAAUUAUUUGGAAUCUCAUUCCGUUUACAAAGUAUGUUUUUUCUGUGCAAGCUUGUACUAGUGGAGGCUGCUUAAAGAGCCAGCCAGUAACAGUAAUUACUGCACAAGCUCCUCCAGAAGGGCUACACCCACCAAUGAUAGAAAUCAUCAGCUCUACAGAACUGGCUGUGGAAUGGUCACCACCUGAGAAACCAAAUGGCAUAAUUAUAAGAUAUGAACUUUACAUGAGAAAAAAACUAAAACCAGCUGGGAACAUUCUUUCUCCAGAAAUUCGUAUUUUCCAAAGCAGUGGAUGGCUCAGUCCUCAACCAGUUAUGGCGUCUCCUAAUGAGAAUGCCCUGGCCCCACCACAGACCAGUACCACAGUCACUGAUUUGGAGCCAUUUACAGAGUAUGAAUUCUAUGUGGUAGCAGUAAACAUGGCAGGUAGCAUAUCUUCAGACUGGAUAUCGGGACAAACAGGAGAGGCUGACCCAGUGUUCAUGCCAUCUCCAUCAGUAUUCCCUCUUUCACCGUAUUCCCUCAAUGUGUCAUGGGAAAAACCUGAAGAUAAUUUGGCAAGAGGAGAAGUGAUGGGAUACAGCAUCAGUCUGAUGACAGAGCAAAGGUUCUUGCCGCCAUUUUCCCAGGUUUUGCAUAUAGCUGAGGCUCAUGAGCUCUACUAUGUGGCGAUGGGAUUAAAACCUUACAGGACGUACAACUUUACUAUUACUCUCUGCAAUCGAAUAGGUUGUGUAACCAGUGAGCCAGGCACGGGGCAAACCUUGGCAGCUGCUCCAAGAAAACUUAGUGCCCCUCGUGUUGAAGGAAUAAACAGCACAAUGGUAAAGAUAAAUUGGAAUGAACCUGAAGAACUUAAUGGGCCUUCUCCCAUCUACCAGGUGGAAAGGAUGGAUUCAUCUUUAGCUACAUUGACUACAGAAGUAAUGAAAGGGAUCCGUUUCCCAGGAAAUGGAUAUUACAGAUUUGCUAGUUCCACUCUCCCUGCCAAUACUUACUUUACAGGUAUUAAAGUGAAAUUUAGAACCCAGGAACCUGAUGGUUUGAUUUUUUUCUCUGCAUCACCUGGGAAUCAAGACGAAUACAUUGCACUUCAACUGAGGAGUGGGCGUCCUUACUUUCUUUUUGAUCCACAGGGAUCUGCAGUAGCAGUCACUCCAACUAAUGAUGGUGGAAGAGAGUACAACGAUAACAGUUGGCAUCAAAUAAUUGCUACAAGAAUUCAAGCACUGGGAAACAUCACGGUGGAUGGGCAGUACACAGGUUCUUCCUUAGCAACUAGUGGCAGUACCAUUAUUGGAGAGAACACAGGAGUUUUUGUUGGAGGACUUCCACAGGGUUAUACUAUUGUGAGAAAGGAUGUAGGGAUGAAGAUGAUAGUCCAGAAGGGAUUUGUGGGGUGUCUCAGUGACAUAUUUUUGAAAAAAGUGCAUACUCCCUAUGAAAACUGGGAAUCUUUGAACUGGCAGCAUGCUGAAGAGCAAAACAAUGUCUAUCAUAUGUGGGAAGGAUGCCCCAUUGUCCUCUCCCAAGGAGCACAUUUUCUUGGCAAAGGGUUCCUGGAACUGUAUUCAGGUGUUUUCAGUGGUGGACUGGAAUUCGAGAUCUCAUUCAAAUUUAGAACAGAUCAACUGAAUGGAUUGCUUUUGUUUGUUUACAAUACAGAUGGCCCAGAUUAUCUCGCAAUUGAACUGAAAAGUGGAAUAUUAAACAUCUUUUUAAAAACUGGCAUUGUCUUUACACAAGUGGAUCUCUGGUUAGGACUGUCUUAUUGUGAUGGAAAGUGGAACAAGGUCACCGUGAACAAGGAGGGCUCUGUAGUUUCAGCAAGUAUGAAUGAACUGAAAGAGCAGACGCUUGAACCCCGUGUUCAGCAGCUGAAAGUAAACUCACCGGUCUACGUAGGAGGAAUCCCACCUGAGAUUCAGAAUAUUUAUAAAGAACUGGGGUUAGAACAAGGUUUCGGUGGUUGCAUGAAGGAUGUUAAAUUUACACGAGGUGCUGUCGUUAACUUGGCAUCUGUGUCCAGCAGUGCUGUCAGAGUCAAUCUGGACGGAUGCCUAUCAACUGACAGUGCUGUUAACUGCAGGGGAAAUGACUCCAUCCUAGUAUACCGAGGAAGAGAGCAGAGUGUUUAUGAGAGUGGACUACAACCGUUUACAGAAUACCUUUAUAGGGUCGUUGCCUCAAAUGAAGGAGGAUCAGUAUCUAGUGUAUGGACCCGGGUUCGUACAAGAGAAUCAGUUCCACAAAAUGUGCCAACUCCCUCAAGAGUUCACAGUAUAAAUGGUUACAGCAUUGAGGUCACCUGGGACAAACCUGCUGGGGUCAUAGGUGUAAUUGAGAAGUACAUUUUGAAAGCAUAUGAAGAGGAUGGUCCCAACGUACCCAUCUCUAGUGCUGAGCUUGCUGACACUAGCAUGCUCACAGGCAUAUUGACAGGCUUGCAUCCCUUCACAAACUAUGCUGUAACCCUAACUGCUUGCACUUUGGCUGGCUGUACUGAGAGCUUGCAUGCAUUGAACAUCUCCACUCCACAAGAAGCCCCUGAAGAUGUGCAACCACCCACGGCAAUAUCCUUUCCCACGUUCUUGCUCAUGAGUUGGAGUCCACCAAAAACACCAAAUGGUAUUAUUACACAAUAUACUUUGUAUAUGAACGGAGUACCAAUUUACUUUGGAAAUGGAACCAAAUAUGUUGCAAAAGAUUUAGCUGUUUUCACGCCACACCAGUUUCUGCUCACUGCAUGCACGCUUGCUGGCUGUACAAACAGUUCCCUGGUCACCUUGUUUACAGCACAGCUGCCACCAUCUCAUGUAGAUGCCCCGGUUCUGACGGUUUUGGAUUCUAGAACGAUAUACGUACAAUGGAAAGAACCAGUAGAAGUAAAUGGAAUCCUAGAUCGCUAUAUAAUUUAUAUUGCCAACAGUGAGCAGAAUUUUACAAAAUGGAAUGUAAUCUAUAACAGCACAAAACUUUUUCUGGAUUUUACGAUUCAGCAGCUUUUCCCGGGUACUGAAUACCUCAUAAAACUAGCUGCUUGCACUGGAGGUGGAUGUUCAGUAAGCGAAGCUAGCACAGCUAUAACAGAUGAGAGUACACCAGAAGGUGUUCCUGCUCCAAAAGCCCAGUCAUAUUCAUCUGACUCCUUUAACAUCUCAUGGACUAAGCCUGAGUAUCCGAAUGGUAUUAUUACUAGCUAUGGAUUGUAUAUGGAUGGUGUUUUGAUGCAAAAUUCAUCACAGCUAAGUUGUUAUGCUUAUGGACUUGCUCCUUGGAGUCUGCAUUCCUUCAGAGUCCAGGCAUGUACUGCAAAAGGUUGUGCUUUGGGUCCGUUGGUAGAAGCUCGGACCAUGGAAGCUUCCCCCGAGGGAACAGUUGAUAUAUUUGCUAUUGUUGAUGGGUCCAAAGAAGUUCAAUUAAAAUGGCUUGCUCCAAAUAAACCUAAUGGAAAAUUGACCUACACAGUCCUUGUCACUGGUCUCUUCUAUGCUGAUCAAGCUAACGCUAAUUAUUCUAUUUUAAAUGGUACUCGGAUGUUACACAGCAGCAACGAAUCCAAUGUAUGGGUACCCGUUAAAGGACUGAUUCCAUUUUCUAACUACACAGUACAAGUGAAUGCUUCCAACAGUCAGGGCAACUUGAUAAGUGAUGCUAUAACAAUAGUCAUGCCUCCAGGAGCUCCAGAUGGCGUGAUGCCUCCAAGGCUUUCAUCUGCCACUCCGACCAGUCUUCAGGUUGUCUGGUCUACACCAGUUCGCAACAACGCCCCAGGCGCACCCAGCUACCGACUCCAGAUGCGGCGGAGGCAUUCUGCUGGUGACAUUUUAGAUUUGCUUUCCAGCCCGACCGCUUCCUUACAACACAGGGUUGGGGAUCUUCAGCCAUACACUGAGUAUGAGAUGAGAGUGGUUGCCUCCAAUGGCUAUGGCAAUGCUUAUAGCAACUGGACUUCAAUGACUACAGCUGAGGACAAACCUGGACCUUUAGAUCCACCGCUUGUUUUGAACGUUACGUCAAGGGCAGCAAGUGUCACCUGGCAGCAUCCUUUAAAGCCAAAUGGCAUCAUCACUCAUUAUAAUAUUUUCCAAAAUGGCCAACUGCAUGCUACAGUGCUAGGAACUAGGUCUAACUGCACUGUAGAAGACUUGCAUCCUUACACUGUCUACGUGUUUCAGGUAGAAGGAUGCACAUCUAAAGGAUGCUCUCUUUCACCCGAGACCCUAGAAAUAAAGACUCUUCCAGAUGCACCUGAAGAUAUUCCUGCUCCAGAGCUGUAUUCUGAUACUCCAACUUCUGUGGUCAUAUCCUGGCAACCACCUGCUCGCUCAAACGGUUUGGUGGAAAAUGUGACAAUAGAAAGGAGGGUGAAAGGAACAGAACAAGUAUCAACUGUGGUGACUCUUCCUUUCAGUCAGUCCAUGAGCUACAUUGACCAGAGUACUGCUCUGAGCCCUUGGCAGAAGUUUGAAUACAGAAUGCUGAUGAGCACUCUUCACGGAGGCACAAACAGCAGUGUGUGGUCAGAAGUUACCACUAGACCAUCAAGACCUGCUGGUGUUCAGCCACCUGAUGCAGAAGCGUUGGGACCAGAUUCAGUUAAGGUCUCAUGGAAACCUCCUCUGAUACAGAAUGGUGAAAUCCUUAACUAUGAGAUUCGCAUGCCUGAUCCACGAAUUGUCAUUACUGGGAAUACUUCAUCAAUGCUAAGUCAUUUGGUGACCAAUCUUAUACCCUAUACGAACUACUCAGUCACUGUAAUAGCUUGUUCUGGAGGCAACGGCUUUCUAGGAGGCUGCACGGAGAGUUUGCCUACCAGCGUGACUACACCUUCAACAGUGCCUCAGAGCGUUAGUCCGUUGUCUGUGACUCCAAUCAGCGAGUCCUUUAUUGCCAUUUCUUGGCAACCACCACUAAGGCCGAAUGGUCCUCAUCUGAGAUAUGAGCUCCUGAGACGUAAAAUCCAGCAACCACUUGCAUCAAAUCCCCCUGAAGAUUUAAAUCUGUGGCACAAUAUUUACUCAGGAACUCAGUGGUUUUAUGAAGAUAAGGGUCUUAGCAGGUACACAACAUACGAGUACAAGCUCAUAGUGCACAACGAGGUAGGAUAUACAUCAAGUGAAGAAGUGAUAGCUACUACAUUAGCGGGAUUACCAAAGAAAGGAAGUAUCCUCAUUGCACGUACUGUUAAUCAUACUGCUGUAGACGUGGAAUGGUCCAAACCAACACUGCAAGAUUUGCAAGGAGAUGUUGCGUAUUACACCCUCUUCUUGAAUUCUACUGAUGAUAGAAGAUCUCUGAGGAUCCAGGCUGAUGUAAACUCUAUUGUCAUAGGCGAUUUGCAGCCCAACACAGAGUAUCAGAUAUUUUUUCAAGUUUUUAAUGGAGUCCACAGCAUCAACAGCGAAGUUGUGCACGUGACUACCUCAGAUGGAGAGCCUGAGGGCAUGUUCCCUCCAGAGGUUGUCAUCAUCAACAGUACAGCUGUACGUGUCAUCUGGACAUCGCCUUCAAACCCAAAUGGUGUUGUCACAGAAUACUCCAUCUAUGUAAAUAAUAAGCAGUACAAGACUAGAAUGAACGAGCCGGGGUCCUUUCUUUUAGCAGAUUUGUCUCCGUUCACUGUAUAUGAUAUACAGAUUGAAGCCUGCACAGUGUAUGCCUGUGUGAGAAGCAAUGGGACCCAGAUUACAACUGUGGAAGAUGAGCCAAAGCAGCUGUCAGCACCCGUUAUUCACAUAAUUGGCUCGAGAUCUCUUCAAAUCAACUGGGCAUCACCAGGACAGCCAAAUGGCAUUAUCCUGGGAUAUGAACUCUUACGUAAAGCGUGGCAGAGGUGUACCGCAUCAAAGACUCCAAGAAGCAGCAAAAGUAAUAGAAUGUGCAUAUCAUUAGAAUGUAACAAGCAUGAAAAUAUCUGUGGAGAAGUGUGUUAUCAUCCAGAAUUGAAGGUAUGUUGUAAUGGGAUUCUGCACGACAAUAAACCUGGCUUCCAAUGCUGUGAGGACAAGUACAUUCCAUUUAUUCUUAAUUCACCAGGGGUUUGCUGUGGUGGUCAGAUACAUGCUGUGCAACCGAAACAUCAGUGCUGUGGUGGUUAUUACACUAGGGUAUUAGCAGGAGAAGUAUGUUGCCCUAAUGGAGAGCAAAACAGAGUUUCAGUUGGAAUUGGUGACUCUUGCUGCCAGGGAAUGCCUUACUCCACGUCGGGCAAUCAGAUCUGCUGUGGUGGAUCCCUCCAUGACAGUUUCAAUCAGCAGUGCUGUGGUGGAGAAGUCAUAAGCACAGACUUGGUCUGUUGUGGAGAUGAAGAAGAGGGGACUGCACACAGACCUCUCACAGGGAUGUUCUGUUGUGGGCAGGAAUACGUGAAUAUGUCAGAUACCAUAUGCUGCUCAGGUUCCAGUGGUGAGUUCCUAGCACAUGUUAGGAAGAAUAACCAAGUGCCAGUAAAAUGCUGUGAGACUGAACUUAUUCCAAAGAACGAAGAAUGCUGUAAUGGAGUUGGAUAUAAUCCUUUGAAAUAUGUUUGCUCUGACAAGAUUUCAGCUGGAAUGAUGAUGAAGGUAAAAGAAGAGUGCAAGGCUAAUAUCCUUUGCCCUUUAUCUAUGGAGGCAACAGCACACUGUGGAAAGUGUGACUUUGAUCCUAGGGAGAGCAUCUGUGCGUGGAUAAAAGGUUCACAGAGUGCUACAGAAAUGGAGAUAAAGGAAGGUGUGUGUCCAGAGACUGAAGAAGAGACUGUCUACACGGGGAGUCCAAACCAGUAUUCAUUUACAGACCUGAACCUCGAACCUUUUAUCACAUAUGAGUACAGAGUGGCUGCUUGGAAUAGUUAUGGAAGAGGCUUCAGUGAAAUUAGUAGAGCUGUCACUAAGCAAGAUGUGCCACAGGGUGUAAGUCCACCAAAAUGGGCCAAAGUGGAUAAUCGGGAAGACAUGAUACUGCUAAACUGGGAGGAACCACUUCAACCAAACGGUCUUAUUCUUCACUAUAUCAUUCUCCGGAAUGGAAUUGAGCGUUUCAGAGGAACAGAAAUGAGCUUCACAGACACAAGUGGUGUCCAGCCAUACCAAGAAUAUUCAUACCAGCUGCGAGCCUGCACUGUUGCUGGUUGCGCAGACAGCAGCAAGGUAGUUGCAGUCACUGUCCAAGGAGUCCCAGAGAGUGUCCAGCCACCAGACGUCAGUGCUUUGAACUCAACAGCAUUACAUUUAAGCUGGAUCGCACCCAAGAAACCAAAUGGUAUCAUCAGAGAGUACCAGAUCAGUCAAGUAGGGAAAGGACUUAUAUACACUGACGCUGCAAGCAGAAUGCAGCACACAGUAUCAGGUCUGCAGCCAUAUGCUAAUUACAGCUUCAUGCUUACUGCAUGCACAUCUGCUGGGUGUGCUUCUAGCCAACCACUUUCAGGUCAAACUUUACAAGCUGCUCCUCAUGGGGUAUGGCCAAAACCUCAUCAUAUUAUAGUCAGCUCAACGGAAGUGGAAAUCUACUGGAGUGAACCAAAGCAACCCAAUGGACUCAUUACUCAGUAUCGAUUAUUUCGUGAUGGAGAACAGAUUUUCCUGGGUGGCAGUACAGACCUGAAUUUCACAGAUGUUAACCUGCAGCCUAACAGUAGAUAUGUUUACCAGCUGGAAGCCAGCACUUGGGGCGGCAGCAACACUAGUGAUAAAUAUGUUAUACAAACACCAGUAGGAACACCAGAGAAAAUUCGUGUCCCAUAUAAUGUCACAGUAAUUGAUGCAUAUUCUAUAUUUCUAGCUUGGGAUGUGCCAGGGAUAUUCCUUGUCAACGUGCCUUUGGAAUACAACAUUUUACUAAAUGCGAGCAGUCCUACUCUACUGGUGAAGCCGGUCGGAGGUGCACAUUUUGCUCUUGUUGAUGGCCUAGAUCCCUACACCCUGUAUGAGAUAAGAAUACAAGCAUGCCAGAACGGUGCAUGUGGAGCAGGUGGUCAAACAUUUUCAAGAACUGCUGAAGCACCUCCUAGAGAAUUAAGUCCGCCUAUCGUUAAAGCAAUAGGAUCUGUGCUCAUAGAAGUGAAAUGGGCACCGCCUAAGAAACCAAAUGGCAUCGUUACUAACUACUUUAUUUACAGACGUCCUGUGGGAAGUCAAGAAGAGCUGCUUUUGUUCAUCUGGGCUGAAGGAGCUUUGGAAUUUAUUGAUGCGUCUGAUGCUCUGCAGCCUUUUACUCUCUAUGAAUAUCGUGCCAGAGCUCAAAAUUCUGUGGGGUCAGUGGACAGCCUGUGGGCUUCAACCCAAACUCUGGAGGCUGCCCCAUGGGGCAUGGGAGCCCCUUGGGCACAACCAACAAGUGCGUACUCAGUGCGGUUGAACUGGACCCAGCCGGUCUCUCCCAAUGGUGUUAUCUCUCUGUAUCGAGUAGUCUAUCAAGAAAAACGCAGCGAUCCAACGUUUAGCAUCCCAGCUGUUACAGCACUAACCGUAAUGGGAACAAAGCAUCAGGCUCAUUUAUUUGGAUUGAAACCUUUCACAACAUAUCAUAUUCAUGUCGUAGCUGUAAACAAUGCUGGGCAGGUUUCAAGCCCCUGGACAUCUGUGCGCACGUUGGAAGCUUCACCCAGUGGCCUGAGCAACUUCACUGUGGAAAAGAAAGAAAAUGGCAGGGCUCUGCUGCUAAAGUGGUCAGAGCCCUCCCAGCCCAACGGCGUGAUUAAGACCUACAAUAUUUUCAGUGAUGACAACCUGGAGUACAGUGGUUUAUCUCGCCAGUUCCUCUUCAGGCGCCUUGAGCCGUACACUCUCUAUACCCUCAUACUGGAGGCUUGCAAUACGGCAGGCUGCACUCGUUCUCCACCCCAGCCGGUCCGAACAGAUGAAGCACCGCCGGUGUCUCAGAUGGCACCUGUAAUCCAGGCAGUGAACGCCACCAAUGUUGAACUGAGCUGGUUGCAGCCAAUUAAUCCAAAUGGAAAAAUAAUUCGCUAUGAAGUUAUUCACAGAUGCACAAAAGAAAAUGCUGCGGGGUACAGAGCAACAACAGAAGAUGAGAAAAUUGUUUUCACAGAAUAUAACACUGAAAGUAAUACAUUCGUAUAUAAUGAUAAAGGUUUACAGCCAUGGACUAGGUAUGAAUAUAAAAUACGCACCUGGAAUGCAGCAGGCUACGCUGACAGCUCGUGGACAGUGGCAAAGACUAGUCAGACUGCCCCAAAAGGUCUCGCUGCCCCCAGGUUAUCUGUGGCAUCAGUUAAUCCCCGUAAAGUGCUCAUCUCGUGGUCCUCCCCGGCACAGCCCAAUGGUAUUCUUCAGUCAUACAGGCUGCUAAAGAAUGAUGUUCUCUAUCCUUUCAGCUUUGACGCUGCUACUUUCAACUACACGGAUGAAGACUUACUGCCCUAUUCAAUCUACAGUUAUGCGAUAGUUGCCUGUACGAUGGGAGGCUGCUCUACCAGUGAACCAGCUGCAAUACAGACGCUGGAAGCAGCUCCUGCCUUAGUGGACCCACCGUCUCUGCAGGCUGUCAGUGCCACUCAAAUUAAUGCAUCCUGGGCACCUCCCCAGAUACAAAAUGGAGCUAUCACCAAGUACAUAUUGAAAUUAAACAAUGAAGAGUAUUAUCCCGGCAACAAGUUGCAAAUGUUGGUUUCUAAUCUACAGCCUUACACGCAGUAUGAUUUUGCAUUGGUUGCCUGUACUGCGGGGGGCUGCACAUCCAGCGUAUCCCAGUCAGUGAUGACCUUGGAGGCUCCACCAUUAAAUAUGGAAGCUCCCAGGCUGCUUGUCAUGGGCUCGGAGUCAAUUGAAAUCACAUGGAAACUUCCAGCUAACCCCAAUGGUAAAAUCACAAGCUAUGAGCUAAGGAGGGAUGGCGUACUUGUUUACUCAGGUCUGGAAACUCGGUUUCUUGACUUCACCCUCAUGCCAGGCAUGGAGUACAGCUACACUGUCACCGCAAAUAACAGUCAAGGGAGUGUGACCAGCCCCUCAGCUCAGAUAAAAACCAACCCCUCUGCUCCGUCUGGGAUGUUACCUCCUAGGUUGCAGGCAUGGUCCUCAAAGGAGAUUUUGGUGGCCUGGGAUCCUCCUAUCAAAGUAAAUGGUGACAUUAGAAAUUACACAAUCUCGAUCCACAAGCCUGCUGAAACAGGAAGGAAAACUGUUGACUUUGAUGCAUCUCAUGUUUCCUUUCUGAGACGGUCACACAUAGUGUCAGAGCUACAACCCUACACUAGGUAUGAAGUACAGCUCCAAGCUUGCACAGAGCUGGGUUGUGCCUCCAGUGAGUGGGCAUCGGUCCAGACGCUGGAGGCUCCCCCAGCAGCGCAGCCUGCCCCUCUCAUAGAAAUACGGACAACAGCCGGGGGCUUCCAGUCAACUUCUUCCAUCCUGUGGACUGGCCCACAGCAGCCAAAUGGGAAGAUUUUGUACUAUGAACUUUACAGAAGGCGGACGACUCAAGCCCACAUAAACUUAGACCUCGCACUUGUUUACAAUGGUUCUUCAACCUCCUUCAAAGAUGACAAGUUGCUGCCUUACACAGAAUAUGAAUACCAGGUGUGGUCAGUGAACUCAGCGGGCCGGACGCCGAGCAGCUGGUCCCACUGCCGGACGGGCCCUGCUCCUCCUGAGGGCCUGGGAGCUCCCCUCUUCGACACGGUGGCGUCCACAGUGGCUGUGGUGACCAUCAGCCCCCCUCUUAAGCCAAACGGGGUGGUCAGUAUCUACAGGCUGUUUUCUAAUGACACCAGAGGGACUGAUGUGGUGCUAUCAGAAGGGACCGCCACCCAGCAGACAAUACAUGGGCUAAAACCUUUUACCACAUACUCCAUUGGCGUGGAGGCCUGCACCUGUUUCAACUGUUGCAGUAAAGGACCCAUGGCCCAAAUCACCACGCAGCCGGCUCCACCCUCAGAGCAGCCUCCCCCGCAGAUCCGCACUGUGACCUCCAGGAAUGCCUCUUUCCAGUGGAGCGCCCCUCAGUCACCCAAUGGCAUCGUCACCAGCUAUGAGCUCCAUGUUUAUAUGGCUUGUCCCCUGAACCUACAGCCAGCAGUGAAGGCUUGCAGUCCUGGCCCAACUGAGGUGAAGUAUACAGGAAAAGGACAGAGUGCCAAUGUGUCCAAUCUGGAGCCUUACACGACUUACAACCUGCGAGUCGUGUCUUACAACUCUGUUGGCAGCAGCGCCUCAGAAUGGAUUGGUUUCACUACGGAAAAGGAGCCACCUCGGUACACGGCUCCAUUCUCCGUUGUCAGCAAUUUAUCUACCAUCCACAUAGACUGGAGUCGCACGUUUGUACUGAACGGCCGCCUGAAGGAGUACGCGUUAACCGAGAGUGGGCAACGCAUCUACAGUGGCUUUGACACUGAGCUAUAUUUACCAAGGACAUCUGACAAAACCUUUUUGUUUCAAGUGACCUGCAUUACUGAUGAAGGGACUGCCAUGACACCGGUCAUCAAGUACAGCGCUGCAGAUGGAGUUGGUCUGAUCUUGACAACACCUGGAGAGAAGGACAAAGCAGAGUCCAAACGUGCAAAAUUCUACAACGAGUUGUGGUUUGCAGUGCUGAUGGUAGUUCUAGGUUUGAUCCUCUUGGCUAUUCUUCUCUCCCUAAUUCUUCAAAGGAAAGUCCACAAGCAACCCUAUGCACGAGACAGACCUCCUUUAGUUCCACUCCAGAAAAGAACAUCACCAAUGAGUGUGUACUCAUCAGGUGAAAUCCACCCGUUUGAGACCGUUGCUGACACAUCUGAUUCGUCAAGCAGCGUCACGCUCAAACGUUACAGAAUGCACUUUGAGGGGCUGGCAGAUACGAAAAUUCCAGGAGCUGGUUCUCCCAUGAGCAACCGCAGUGUCCAUAUCGCAUCUGGGGCAAGGAGACCAAGUCAGGGCCAGCUAAGUCGCACAUAUUCCCAAGCCUCUCUUCAUCGUAGUGUCAGCCAGCUGCUCGACCUCUACGACAAGAAGUCUCUUGUUGAAGAACCACCUUGGGAUGCCAUUAUUCGCAAUCAUCGCACCACUGGUCGUGGCUUGUAUGUGGAUGAAGAAGACCUUGUCAAUGUCAUCAAAGGCUUCAGCACAGUCACCAAGGAGCACACCACAUUCACUGACACCCACCUCUGAAGAACACAACCACCUUCUCUAGAAAAUGGAAAGUGGGUAACUUGCCAAAAGCAGCCUGCAUGGACUUUGCGGGAGGGGAUAAGGCUGCUGUUUCCCCACCCCAUGCCCACUAGUUAAAAGAUAAAACUGUUUGUUGGGAGGGAAUGUGGGGAUUAAGUUGGCCUUUUUUCACCUUCUCUUUAACUGUAUAAUAAAAACUGUGUGUUAGCACUGACAGAAAGGUAAGAGAACAGUUUGAAAAUCCUUAAGUCAUACAGUAGUAGAAGACUGUGAAGGUGGAGGCUUUCAUCUUUGUCUCUCAUCCAGCUCUCACAGUUGAGGAGGGUUGUGGGGGCGGGAGGGGGGCAGCGUGUUUGGUAAAGAAAAUGUUUUACCUGUCCAAAACCCAGCAUGUGGCUAAAAGGGGCCUUCCCAGCAGGACAGCCAUGUCUUUUCCUGGCCUGAAAAAGCUCCACCACAAAAUUGUGUUCAUGCACAGGUGAAUAAACAGCAAAUGAAGGAAUUCUUAUGGAGUUGAUUGAACCUUUGCGUCCUCUCCCUCCCUCCUCCCCACCCUCUUGGCUCAAGGCUCAAAAAAACCCCCCAAAACCCAAAAGCCAUUAAUGAAUGCUUUUUCAGAGACAGAAAACCUCCUAAUCCACUCCCUAUUAAACACUUGCUGUCACGGCCUUCCCUUUUGCUUAUGUAUUACUAAUCUACAGGCAACAAAAUUUGUUCACCACCCACAGUAAACUAGGAGCAAACAGCAAGCAGCCAGUGCAACACAGGUAGGGAAUAUCAUGUCAAGGCACUUGUAAUUGAGAAUUAUUAUACCAUGACAGUAAACCUACUCC